AGCCCGUUCGUGUUGACAAACCCGAUUGAGGUUGAAGUUAGUUCGAAGUAAAAGGGUUUUGUGAAUAUUUUUUAACAAUUUGACAUGUGAUAAUUAAUACGAAAUAGUGAUUAAUCGUCGCCAUUCGCGAGUAAUAAUGAUUCUCGAUCACGAAUAAUAAACACCUCUCUUGCUGGUAAAUAUUUUCGGCCUUAACAAUGCGGGUAAUAUGAGGUAGAAAGUUCAAACUUGUUGACUGGACAAUAGUUUCGCUUCGCAAUUGAUUUUGUCAUCUGAAAAAAAAAAUAUGAUAAUGUUCAUCUCGCGAAUUAGUGUUUUGUCGACGUUUUAGUGAAGAUGUGAUUCAGUGGUGAAAAAUGUGAUUUAUCGGAGAUCAUUGCUGCUUUGACCCUGGAUUUCUACAGUGAUGUUUCAUGGAAUGAGAUAGCAUCUUGAAAAGAUGCUUCAACCUUUGCAGUUUCUAUACAGUUGAAAAAACAAUGUUGGUUUUGGGACCGUCGUUCAUCGUUAUGCUGCUGUUCUAUUUAGUUGAAUGGGCUAAUUCAUUUCCUUCACAUUUUAUCGAACCAAGUAUUGCUUUGAACGACUUCAUCAAGCAUUACGAGUUGGCUUUUUACAACGCCGAAGAUGUAGCCAAUCAGCACAAACGUAUCAGAAGAGCGACGACCUCCGCAAAGGCCAACAGUAAUCAACCUUUAAAGCUCACCAUUAAAACGUCGAACAAAAUAUUCAAAUUGGUUUUACGACCUGACGAGUAUUUGUUCGCCGAUGACGUCGUAUUCGAAGGAGAAAAUGGAAAAAUGGUGAAUUUCGAUCGAUCAAAAGUAUACGUCGGAACUUUAGAAGAUGACGAAAGAGCCAAAGUACGCGGUAUCAUCACAAAAGACGGCUUAUUCGACGGAACGAUUAGUACGCAGUUGGAGGAAUUGUACGUGGAGCCGAUCAGUCGAUACAAGGCAAAUUGGAACCACGAUACCAGCCACACGAUCGUGUACAAAUUAUCCGACGUCACCCAUCCAGAUGCGCCUUUCAGCUCUUGCUCGUCAAACUCGCACACCAAACACAAACCUUCCGAUUUGAACACAAUCGCUCGUCGCAGCAAAAGAAACACCGACCAAACGCCGAGUAGCAGUAGCAGUUGGCCUAAAUUCGAUAAUUUCUUCAAACAAGCCAGCCCUGGUCCCUCCAAAAAUGCUUCUUCGUUGCUAACUUUUCGUUCGAAUCCGCUACCCUACGAUUUUCCGUCCGCCAAUUUCGGACCAGCUGAGGCUGCUGCUGCAGAUGCCGUUCAUCAUCAUCACCAGCACCACCAUCAUCCGCACCAUCGCCAAAAUCCGCCGCCCAAGAGUACGGAUAAUGUAUUUUACGAUUUCGAUUUAACGGUGCCCAAGUACCCGCCACCCGAACCACCUGUACCGAUGCCGAUGCCGCUGCCGCCUCGUACUCCGGACGAUGAGAGCUUCAAUUACGAAUUUAACGACACCUUCGUUCGUCCUUCGAAUAACAGAAACACUUGGAGGCCGAAAAUUGUCGGCGGUCCCAUCGACACCGUUUAUAAGUACACGGCCAAUAUUUCGAAAUCUUCCAAAGGAUAUCAGCCGUCUUCGGCUUCUAUUAUACCGCAUAAAAAUAAUCCGAAAAUACUCGUGGGUAGCGGCGGCGGUGGCGGUGGUGGCGGCGCAGAAGAGUCCAGAGCUAAUUUAAUCAUCACCAGCGACGACAGUUCCGAAUCACAUGCCCGUAAACGUGCCAUAGUUGAUCCGAAAAAGACCACUUGUAUGCUGUACUUGCAAGCCGAUCAUUUGUUUUUCGAAAAAUACGGUACCGAAGAGACCUGUAUCGAAGUUAUGACCAGACAUGUGCAACGAGUCAAUUCCAUUUAUAGAAAUACAGACUUCAAUUUAGAUGGGAAACCAGAUAACAUUAGUUUUAUGAUAAAAAGAAUCAAGGUGCAUUCUGCCAAAGAUCCAAUGUACCGAUUUCCAGGCAAUUAUGGAGUGGAGAAAUUUUUAGAAAUAUUUUCUGAGGAGGAUUACGACGCUUUUUGUCUGGCUUACAUGUUUACCUAUCGUGAUUUCGAGAUGGGUACAUUGGGCCUAGCUUGGACUGGUGAUUUGAAAAAUGCCGGAGGAGUUUGCGAAAAGAAUGGACAUUAUCGAGGCAGUCUGAAAAGUUUGAAUACUGGUAUCGUGACAGUUUUGAAUUACGGCAAACACGUGCCAUCUGCGGUAUCGCAUGUAACCUUAGCCCAUGAAAUAGGCCAUAAUUUUGGAUCUCCGCACGAUCCGGAUGGUUGUACUCCUGGCGGAGACGAUGGAAAUUUCAUAAUGUUCGCUAGAGCCACAUCCGGCGAUAAAAAGAACAACAAUAAAUUUUCACCUUGCAGUUUGAAUGCCAUAAAUCCAGUUCUGAAUGUAAAAGCUCGAAGUCCCAAAGGUUGCUUUACUGAACCGCAAAAGUCGAUAUGUGGUAAUGGAGUCGUGGAAGCGGACGAAGAAUGUGAUUGUGGCUGGGAAGAAGAUUGCAAAGAUUCUUGCUGUUAUCCUCAAAGGCGGUAUCCACCGCUGGAUGAACCUCCGUGCCAUUUGAAUUUGACAGCGAAUGCUGUUUGCAGUCCAUCUCAGGGCCCUUGUUGUACAACCGAUUGUAAAAUCAAAUCAGGCGAUAUCUGUCGUUCGGAUAAUGGAUGCAGAGAUUCGAGUUAUUGUAACGGAGCCAGUGCUCAAUGUCCACCUUCUACGAAUAAACCUAAUAAAACUGUUUGCAACGAAGAAUAUGUUUGCUACAUGGGAGAGUGCACUGGAUCGAUUUGUUUGGCUUACGGUUUGGAAUCUUGUCAGUGUAUUCCCACAGCUGCCGAUCCUGCAACGAAAGCCUGCGAAUUAUGUUGCAAAUUACCUGGUGAAAAUCAACCUUGCUUAUCGUCUUUCCAAUGGAACCAAGCGCCAUAUGACGUUCCAGAUAUGUUUGCAAAACCCGGAACUCCAUGCAACGAUUACAAUGGAUAUUGCGACGUGUUCCGAAAAUGUCGCGAGGUGGAUCCGUCUGGGCCAAUUGCAACCCUUCGUAAGCUGUUGCUUUCUGAAGAGAAUAUCGCCUCGUUCAAGAAAUGGGCCUACGAUCACUGGUAUUACUGCGGUCUGAUAUUCCUCACAUUCUUAUUGUUCAUGAUAAUAAGUACCAAAGUGUUGGGCAAAAAAUCCAAAGUGAAAUCGGUAACCGUGGUCCAUUCUUCACCCACCGAAACGGUUCGUUUACCAGACGGCGAUGGAGCCGGAGGAGGCCCGGCUGUAGUCGUGCAUCCGAUCGUCGUACGAACAAAGUUACCUUUGAAAAAGAAAGUACGCGAGAAAAGACGAACAGCUGCUGCCGGAGCUGGAGCUGGAGCCGGAGCCGGAGCAAACGAGAACGUACCUCAUAACGUCAACAACAACAAUAGCCCGAUCGAGGCUAAGAAAAAGAAACGCGACGCUGAAGCGAAAUCAAACGUCAAAGCUAAAAGUAAAACGAAAUUACGAACGCGUAAAGCAGCUAAAAAAGAAACCCAGGCUGGCGUUUCGGGUGCCAGCGAUGCCAACCAAGCAGUUACCGAGGAUCCGCUGGGUAAAGUGAGAAAUUGGUUAAUGAAUUCGCACAGUAUGGAUAGUCUAGGUUCGUUGAAAAAAUCCAAAUCGUCUCCGGCUAGUUUCGAUCUGUCGGACGCGAACGGCGUUAAAAAACGUCAAAAAGUGCAAACUGCCGUGACUGCUGCGACCGCAGCGGCUCCUACGAAUGUGACAACCGUUGCCAAACCAACUCCGGCCAACAUCGCGAAACCCGCUGCCGAGAGUGGUAAAACGGUAGCCAAGAAGCCUAAAGAUACGCCGCGAGUGAAACUGCAAGUCGUGUACAAGCCUCCGUUCAAGUUCAGCGUCAAGUUGGGCAAACAGAAAAACGCCGAGAUAUCUUCGCAUUUGAUCAAAGAUAAACGUCCGGAGGCGGUCAAACAACGAGCAGCUUUGUUAAUUCGUGCCGAUCGAAUACGAGCCAACGCAGCAGCCGCUCCUACCAUCAACGAAAAGAGUAAAAAUCAAUCUAAAAGUAAAGCCGCCGUAUCCGGAGUGGCCACAUCUGCGGAUAAUGGCGAUAAAAAUGCUCCCAAUGGCCGGAGCGGAUCCGCCGGUGAUUCUGGCGCUAAACCUGGCCGAGCUGUCGAAUACAAGCGUUCUAUUUCCGCCCCUCAGUCGGCCGAACCUGUUUACGAGAAUACGGUGUUUGAAAAUACAACGUCUAACGUCGUCGCUGCUGGCUCGACUAAUCCAUCGCACGAAGAGCCCCAUUACGUCAAUUUAGGAUGCACCGAAGAGAACGUGAAAUCGGAUCCGAACGUCAGAACGAAGCACUGGCCCAGUAAUUCGAACGGUGUGGCUGCAGAAUCCUUCAAACCCACCAGUUCCGUAGCUCAUCCUUCAUCUUCGGCUAUAAAACGGUCGUGUUCGAAUGAUUUCCGUAGUUCUACGUCGAAGCCUUCGAAUAACGCGUCUUCUUCGAAGACUUUCACUAAACGUAGAAAUUCUUACGAUACGAAACACGCGCCCUCGAGUAGAUUACCAGGUUCCAGCGAGAUGAACGAACCAGCUGUCGAAUUCGUUAAAAGGCAGCAUUCCGAUGAAACGGACGUGAUCAGCGCGGCAGCUCGAAACGAAUUCAAACGCAGAUCGGCCGUCUCCAUCAAACGUACCAAUUCCGUCGACGACUCGAGAACCGGCUCCGGUGUCAAUUUAACUCGAUCUCAUCAGCCUCGAAAAUCCACCUCUUAUCGUAAGAGUUACCACGACCGUACCUCGUCCAGCGCAUCACCUUUCAUCGACCUCGCUUCCAAAUCGGAUACGAGAAGUAAGAAAAUAUCUCAGCAGCCACCCGACCAUAACUUGAUAUCAUUCGGUUCCCCAUCGUUCGAUAGGGGCACAACGACGGCAGCUGCGCCGAAACGUAAAACAUCGCACGAUGCAUCUGCUUUCCACGAUGCUCAAUUGAUCGAUCCUUUUGGCUCUAAGAAUAGCUCGAAUCGAGGCCAUAUUACCCGCAACACAUCGCAUAGUUCGCGACGUAAAACGGAUAGCGAUAAAUUCAAACGAUUCUCGCUACAGAAUACCGCGGAAGCUGCGGCCAUCUCUUCGGCUUUUUCCGCAGUCCCUAAAACAAGCAUCACAGAUACCACUGCUAGUCCUACAAGUAUGGCUGAAUCUCAAGUAAACGCUACCUCAGCUCCAAUGCCCGCCUCACAAUUCUCCGAUAGUCCUUUUCACCAGCAACAAUACGAUAUACCAUCGGAUUUAGAAGUGCUGUUGUCCGAAACUGAAAACCCCAUGGAUAUUUAACCCUAUACCUAUAUAUGAUCCUUUAGCUCACUCUGUGUGCCAUUGCGGUCUUCAGCCUAAGUAUGUAGUAUUCCCGCUGCGUUGAUUUUUUUUUUUUUUUUCCUACUUUUAUCAACGGAACAAUUUUUCCUAGUCGAUCGAAUCAGUAUUCUGUUUUUGUUAUUGUGUUUCUAUGUAAUGCAACUAUUGGGAGCAAGUACCAGGUUUACCUGGUAGAGUAUAAUUAAGGAUUGAAUGCCGUAUUUGAGCACUUGAAGUACUUAUUGGUUUUCAUUUGCUGUUUUACGAGCAUGCAUUUUUUUUUGAGCAGCUUAAUUCUUUAUGUAAAGUAACGUACGUAAAACGUGAUAAUUUAUAACGGUCGUAUACGUCAUGUGUGUAUGUGUGUGUGUCUGUAUUAGAUUACCGAAUCAGCGUCGCUGUGUGAUUUGAUUGCUGGUUUCUGAUUCCCCCUCCCCCCCCCCCCCCAUCCUUUCAAAUUCUCUACGAAGUGUCUUGAAAAUUCUUCUUAUUAUUGCCUGAAUCAGAUUACCUAACGAAAUAAGUGCAACAGAACUGUUGAAUUAUCAGUCUGAUUUUUAAAAUUUUCAAAUGCGAAUUAGUCAGAAUCCGUCAUAAAAAGUGCAAAAUUGGGCUACUUUUUUUGGCUCAUUUUUGGGCUCAAAAAUGGACCGUUUCCGAGAGAAGGGCGCGCUCUGGUGAAAAUCUGACGCCGGAAAUGAAUUCGCCGUACCAAAAAACCCCCCUAGACAAAAUUUCGGCUCGAUUCGCGACAUCAAGUUUUUUUUCCUAAAAAAAUGCACGAACUAACUCCUUUGCAUUUUUUGGAUUUUUUUGAAUUCCAAAAAAAUCGAGUAAAAGGUCGUUUUUGACUAAUUCGAGGUCGGCGAGUCCGAAUAUGCUGUCCGAUUUGAGCGGUCGCUCGUCCUUCUUGGAGAACUGGCAUUUAUCUCGGAAUCUCAAAAAGCCAGCGUCGAGAAUUUUUUUUGAAAAUCAAAAAUUUACCAAAAUACAUAGCUGCAGGCUCCAGAAUGGUUUGAAACCACGGUCAGUUGCUGAAAUUUAUGUUUAAAGUAAAAUUUAGCUUUCCAGCUGCUGCGUUUCAAGUUUCAAAAAUCUGCCACAAACUCCAUAGAACUACAAUUGCCAAAAUUUUGAUUUUUUUCGGGUGCUCAUUGGAAAAAUUUUGAUUUUUUUCUCAUUUUUGGCUCAAUGAAUUUCAAAAACUUACCAAAAUUUACUUGGCAUUUUAAGAUUUGUCUGGUGCUGUUAUUUAGAAAAAUUUUGACUCAGAAAACGAAGUUUCCAGAUAAAAUUCACAAACUUUGAUUCAUUUAAUCUUUUUCAUUUAACUUUUAUACCUUUUUGAAGGGCUCUCUAUAAAGAAAUCUACUUAAUUUGGGUACCUGGGAUCAUUUUUUUCCUCGAAAAUGCGAUUAUUGAGAUGAAUCUAAACAAUAAAAUCAAAAAAUUCGUGUUCGAAUCAUUUUUUGAAAAAAUUUUUAACCAAGGGAGGAGGGCUCCUGGCCUGGCUUUUUUCUGGACCUGGUGGUGAAUCUGAAAAUAGGAAAUUUUUUAUUCAUAGAAUCGAGCCACUUCAGAAAAUAUGUACAUAGUGCCAAAAAUUCAAACUUCGGAAAAAUAGUCAUCCUACAAGGGAACCUCUUGAGGAGGUGUCACUCUCCGAUUUGAACAGGACCGCGAUUUUUGGAGAAAGCAUAGUCUAAAACCCCCAAAACCAAAUUUUCAGCUGCGCAAGUUCAUUUUUCGACUUCAGGCGAAUUUUUGAAAAUUCAAAAUUGACUGGUUUUGGCGAUUUAUGCUUUUUUUUUAAAGUACGUACUUGAUCAAUAAAAAUGGUCAAAAUAAGUCCCAAAACUAAUAUUAAUUACCCAAAUCCAAAUUUUACCAUUUCCAGCCAUUCUGGAGUCUCCAGCGCGAUUUUUCAAUUUCUCCAAAAUUUUGAAUUCGCUCCAGAAGGCGUGAAUAUGAAGUUGGGCAGCUAAAAAUCGAGUUGUAUAUUACACUCGACCUGUUUAACGAGUUUAUCGACAUUUGAGCCGAUUCUGAGAGUGACACUACAAUAGAUGGUUUUUUGAGGUGCCACUCUCGCUCCAAAACGGCUGGAAAUGGUAGAAUUUGCGCUCCGCGGGUUAGUUCUUGAAGAAGUACCACGAUUCGCGCAAAUUUCAAAAAUUUCCACACAAACGGGAAACUUUUGAUUUUUUGGAUUUUUUAAUUUUGAAAAAAGCUGGUCAAAAAGCCAUUUUUGAACUGUCACUUUCAAAAUCGGCUCAAAUGUGGAUAAACUCGUUAAACAGGUCGAGUAUAAUACACAACUCGAUUUUCAACUACCCAACUUCAUAUUCACGCCUUCUGGAGCAAAUUCAAAAUUCUGGAGAAAUUGAAAAAUCGCGCUGGAGGCUCCAGAAUGGCUGGAAAUGGUAAAAUUUGGAUUUGGGUGAUUAAUAUCAGUUUUGGGACUUAUUUUGACCAUUUUUACUGAUAAAGUACGUACUUUUAAAAAAAAGUCGUAAAUCGCCAAAACCAGUCAAUUUUGAAUUUUCAAAAAUUCGCCAAAAAUUGAAAAAUGAAUUUGACCGGCUGAAAAUUUGGUUUUGGAAGUUUAGAGUAUGCUCUUUCAUAAAAUCGCGGUCCCGUUCAAAUCGGAGUAUGACACCUCAAGAGGCUUGUUAGUCGUCCAAUUAAGUAGAAGGAAGAGGAGCCCGUCUCAUUGAAAGGUUCCAUUUUGAAUUUUUGUGUAUUCAAGAUAAAUUAGCAUUAUACCUUUUUAAAGUUGAUCAUUACGAAAUUGAAAUUUAGUUUGGUCCCCUCGAGUCGAUUGGUGAUGGUUUCAAGCAGUUCCGGGGCCUUCUGCGGAUUUUAAAAGUAUUCAGUUUUUUAAAAAUUCAAUAUUUUUCCUCCCCCUCCCCCGGAAAAUCGUCAUAGAAGGAUUGGAUUUAAACCGGUUCAAACGUGUUUUGAAAAUGCGGAUCUAAAAAGUCACACACGGUAAAUUCAAAAUUCAAAUUUAUUUUUCAAAAACUGGAGAAUUCGGAAUUUGAAAAUUCGCAGGAGACUCAUAGAACGGGUUGAAACCAUCGCUAAUCGACUCGGGAGGUCGAAAAUACGAUAUAAGCCAAAUUUCAGCCCACUGUUUCAAUUUGAUCGAAUUUUGAUUAUUUUUUUUGAGAAAUGACCUUUAAAUUAUUAAAAAUUCGUCAAAAAUCGAAAAAUAAUUUUCAUAAGCUAAAAUUUGGUCUUGUGGUGUAUUUUAGGGGUUCUCUUUCAAUUCCCUUUUUUUUCAUUAGAAAAACUUUGGUGCACUUGUCAAAUUCAAAAUAUCCCGAUAAUAAAUACUAUUCUACUUGAAAUCGUUUGGUGUGAUUUUUCAAACACCUUGCAGAGUGGUGCAAAAUUUCCAUUAUAAAUAAUUCGAUACUAAAAUGCCAAAAUCUUGCUGGUAAUUUUGACGAUGAGAAGGAUUUUCGAAACACAAUGUACUCGUAGAUAUUUGUUUUUCCUCAUCAAAUAAUUUUACUGUUUGUUCUUUUCUGUUCGUAUUCCAUAAAUUUCAUCUACUUGACGAAUUAUUGUUUUCAAAUCUUUUUUUUUUUUAAAUUGUAUUAUUAUCAAUUAGGUAUUUUACCUACCUAAGUCUAUUUAUUUACUCGUUUUAAUUAUUUAUCGACAUAAUGAAUUCUUCCAUGUAAUACCUGUGUUGCAGGCCUAUGUUUAUAAUUAUUACGUUGAUUGUAAUAAUUCUUUAUUAACUUCGUAACGGUUCCUAAACACCUUUACUAAUUGAUGUAAUUUCUCUCUGGUAAUCUAUUUCUGCCUUUUUGCUUUUUUUUUCCUCAUUUAACGAUAGGUAUUCUUAAUUAAUUUAGUUUUAUGUUCGUAUGUCUUUAUUAUUGGCGCGUAUUUUAACAACGUAGUCUAAUAACUUGAUCUCUGUACGAAUUUAACAGUAUUAUUUUACUUAAUACUAUAAUCGCUAAGGUGAUACUUACUCGUAUUAUUUUCAGUUCGUUAAUGACGCAAAAAAAAAAAAAAAAUUAAAAUGAGCUGACCGACGCGACGUUUGCCAUAUACCUAAAUUUAAUCAAUUUAUAAGUUAUAAUCUCGUUCGAUAAUAAUGAUUAUUCGAAGGAAUUUGCAGCCCUUCUUCGUCACCCCGUGGUAUUGUUUAAUUUGUGAUGUAAUUUUUCUUCGUAUUAUUAUUAUACAGAGCUUCUAUAUAAAUAUCUCUACGAUGAGAUUUUCAUCAAAAAAAUCGAUACUUAUCGUUCUCUGCGUCUAACGCGAUUCUCGUACUUUAUGUUCUUUUUUUUCAUUUUAUUUUCUUCUUUUUUUUACUGCCUCGUAUUAACUUUAAAUUCUCAUCUAAUGAAUCAAAAUUUUCGAAAAAUGCCAAUUCACUUUACCAAAAUCCGGUAUCGUGACAUCUUAAUUCGACUAUAUAAUGAGUAAAGUGAGGAAUUAUUUGCAUUUACCUGUACGUUUUAUUUUACGUACAUACUUAUUUGUUUACAUAAACGAUACAUGUUUUGUACCUUUUACUUAUUUCUGCGAAACAAAUCGAAAAAAGCGACCCUAAUUACGUUAUUUUUUCGGCCAAUAACAAUAAUCAACCUUUUUGACUAUUUACUAACAAACGAUACCAAAAAUUUUUGGUUUAUAUUUAAGAUUAUUUCUAUUUGUGUGUAAUCAUUUUUUUUUUCGCCCUUUUUGUAAAUAUGUGGAAAUAAUUUUUUUUUUGUAUGUAAUACUACGAUGUUUCGCUUCGUUAAAAUGUGUAACGAAUAUUUAUGUUUGUUUUUGUCUCGUACGUUUUGAUGUUGAGGUAUUACCUACCUAUGUUGUGUGUGAAUUGAUUUGUGAAUUGUAUUUGGACGAGUGCUUUGUGUGAAUGCACCUGGCUCUCGUUUAUCAUCUUUUUACAUAUUAUUACAAUCGUAACUACGUAUUUUUAAUUAGUGUACCAUAUGUAAAUACGUAUAAUAUGUUUUUUACUGUGAUCAUAUUUUUGUGUUGUCGUUAAUAGUGUAAGGAAAAACAACGAAAAGUACCUGUAUCUUAAUAAAAAAAAAUAUUUUCAAAUUUACGUCAA